UAGCGGCGGCGGCGGCGGCGGCGACUCAGGACAGCGCCCCCUCCCCCUAACGGCCGCCUCUCCCUCUCCCCCUCGCCCGCCCCGGCUCCCCCACCUCUGGGAAGGCGCUGGGGGUGUGGCCAGGGACCGGUAUAAAGUCCGGGGGAGCCGGUCCCGGGCAGCCGCUCAGCCCCCUGCCCCCUGGCCGCCCGCUGCCUGCCUGGGCCGGGCCGAGGAUGCGGCGCAGCGCCUCGGCGGCCAGGCUUGCUCCCCUCCGGCCCGCCUGCUAACUUCCCCCGCUCCGUCCCCGUUCGCCCGCCGGGCCGCCCCGUCUCCCCGCGUCCUCCGGGUCGGGUCCUCCAGGCGCGCCGGGCUCUGCCGCCGUGUGCCGCCGCCGUGUGCCCUCCGCUGCCCGCCCGCGCGCCCGCGCUCCCCGCCUGCGCCCAGCGCCCCGCGCCCGCGCCCAGUCCUCGCGCGGUCAUGCUGCCCCUCUGCCUCGUGGCCGCCCUGCUGCUGGCCGCCGGGCCCGGGCCGAGCCUGGGCGACGAAGCCAUCCACUGCCCGCCCUGCUCCGAGGAGAAGCUGGCGCGCUGCCGCCCCCCCGUGGGCUGCGAGGAGCUGGUGCGAGAGCCCGGCUGCGGCUGUUGCGCCACUUGCGCCCUGGGUUUGGGGAUGCCCUGCGGGGUGUACACCCCCCGUUGCGGCUCGGGCCUGCGCUGCUACCCGCCCCGGGGGGUGGAGAAGCCCCUGCACACACUGAUGCACGGGCAAGGCGUGUGCAUGGAGCUGGCGGAGAUCGAGGCCAUCCAGGAAAGCCUGCAGCCCUCUGACAAGGAUGAGGGCGACCACCCCAACAACAGCUUCAGCCCCUGUAGUGCCCAUGACCGCAGGUGCCUGCAGAAGCACUUCGCCAAAAUUCGAGACCGGAGCACCAGUGGGGGCAAGAUGAAGGUCAAUGGGGCGCCCCGGGAGGAUGCUCGGCCUGUGCCCCAGGGCUCCUGCCAGAGCGAGCUGCACCGGGCCCUGGAGCGGCUGGCCGCUUCACAGAGCCGCACCCACGAGGACCUCUACAUCAUCCCUAUCCCCAACUGCGACCGCAACGGCAACUUCCACCCCAAGCAGGUGGGUCUCUGUCUCCCACUGGCUCGGCCCUGGACUCAGCUCUGGGGCAUUCCCGACCUCUCCACAGGAUGGCCCAGGAUGGAGAUCUCAGGAAGGGGAAACUCCUCAACCCCAACCCAACCCCUUGGAGCCUCCCUAAACCCUACCUCAGCGUCAGAACCUCACUCAUUUUGGAGACGAGGAGACUGUGAUCCAGAGAGGAGUAAAAGCACCCGGGCUAGUUCAGAGUCACAGAGCAAGUUAACAGCAGAUCUUGCCUCCCUAUCCAGGGCAAUUUCCCUCACCCCUGGAUUUCACCAUCUGUGGUGCAGACCUAGCAACCCUGACAACCUCUGGCUCCCAACACUCUCUCAUUCACUCUACUCUAUUCCUAUGAGUAAUUCCUCCUGCCACUGAGUGAGGUUUCAUCUGGGAAUGGAGGGCCAAAGUCAUGAGGAGUCAGGGAGGAAACUCAGCCUACCCCUCCCUGCAAGGCGAGCAGCAAAACCACGUGGGAUACAGCAAGGGUGGAGGUAAAGCCAGACUGGACAGUUGGAGACAGGCACUUUGGGUAGAAGCAGAGGAAGGAGUGGGGCAGGAGAGAAGACAUAAAGGCAGCAACUUCCCUAUUCCUUCCUGCCCUUGGAAGCUGGGGUCCUCUGACAAGCCUCCAGGAGGCUGGGAUGGUCAGCAGGGUUAGCCUCUUCCAGCCUACCUCUGGCCCAUCAGAAUGGGUGACCUGUCUGGGCAGGGCUCUGGUGUGCCUCCUGCUGGGUGUUGCCUGGGGAACCCUAGCCUGGAGCUCUUUGUGGGUGUAGACAGACCCAUUUCCCUGCUCCAUGAGCUAUAGACAAAUCCACAAUUCGAGCUGCCACUCUGCCAGCGGAGGCCUAGAUAGAAGGACAAAGGUUGCCCUGAGUCUGUGCAUCCCAGGAUGGCAUGAAAAGGGUAUGAGUGAAGGGCCAGAGAGGGCACCCCAAUACCAAUGCCCAGCCUAUUUCUAACCUUUAUCCUAACACGAAUUUUAUCCUUGUCCCAAUUUAAAAAAUGUUUUCUCUUAAUUAAAAAAAAACAAUUAAUAGCUAUAUUUUUUAGAGUAGUUUUAGGUUUACAGAAAACUUGAGCAGGAGUACAGAGUUUCAAUAUACUAUCCUCACCCCAGUUUCCUCAUUAUUAACAUCUUACAUUUGUUGCAAUUGAUGAACCAAUAUUAUUAGUAUAUUAUUAUUAAUUAGUGGUUUAUAUUAGGGUCCACUUUUUGUGUUGUAAAAUUCUAUGCAUUUUCUUCUCCUGAUUUUUUUUUUUAAAGGCAGGAUCUCAGUCUCCCAGGCUGGAGUGCAGUGGUGCAAUCACAGCUCACUGCAACCUCCACAUCCUGGGCUCACAUGAUCCUCCUACCUCAGUCUCCUGAGUAGCUGGGACCACAGGCACACAACUAUGUCAGGCUAAUUUUUUUUUUUUUGAGACAGAGUUUGGCUCUUGUUGCCAAGGCUGGAGUGCAAUGGCGGGAUCUCGGCUCACUGCAACCUCCAUCUCCCGGGUUCAAGCGAUUCUCCUGCCUCAGCUCCUGAGUAGCUGGGAUUACAGGUGCCUGUCACCACGCCUGGCUAAUUUUUUGUAUUUUUAGGAGAGAUGGGGUUUUGCCAUGUUGGCCAGGCUGGUCUUGAACUCUGGACCUAAGGUGAUCCACCCACCUCGGCCUCCCAAAGUGCUGGGAUUACAGGCAUGUGCCACCAUGCCUGCAUGCCAGGCUAAUUAAAAAAAAAUUUUUUUGUAGAGAUGGAAGGGUCUCUCUAUGUUGCCCAUGCUGGUCUCGAACUCCUGAGUUCAAGCGAUCCACUGCCUCUGGCUCCCAAAGUGCUGGGAUUACAGCUUGAGCCACUAGCUUCUUCCUCUUAUUUUUAUCCCACUGAAAGUUCUGGCACUUGAACUUUAUCCCCAGACCAAUUCUGAUCCUUAAGCCAUCCUUUACUCCAAGUUUAAUUCUCACACUGAAAUAUACAUUUGCGCCCCCUGAACCUCCUACUAUCUAAUUUUGACCCAAACUUUAGCUUAACUUUAGUUAUUCUGACCUUGACCUCUGUCUUUAUCCCAAUUGUGUUUUUACCUGGGCUUUAACCCUCACCCAACUCUUCCAACCCAACUUUUAGUCAUAUUUCCUAAUUCAGCUGCAACUCUUAUCCUGGUCCUACCUUAAUCCCAACUUGGAUCCUACUCAUAACUAUCAUCCCAUUCUUAAAGUCCCAACCCAAUCAGAAUAUGUACCCAAAACAUCUCCAGCCUGAACCCAGCCUUUCAAAUCCAGCUGUGCCUUUAAACCCGCGGGCCUUCUUAAGGUCCUGCCUUCCAGAACUCUCUCGACCUUUCCUUCUUGACCAUGUUCUCCCUGCUCCAGUGAGCUCAGAAGACCCAUGCUCAAAAAAGAGUCACCACCCUCAGAGGCCAUCUUGAAGCAGCGA